AUGGAAAAUCCUUUAUAUAAUGUAUGUGCUAUUGCUAUGGCUGCAUAUCGUGAUCCAGAAUUAACUACGGAAAAAAUGUUAGAAAAUAUAUUUGCUAUUGCACAUCAUCAUAAACAUGAUUGUUUAGUAUUAUCAGCAUUUGGUUGUGGUGCUUUCAAAAAUCCACCUGAACAUAUUGCUUUACUUUUUAAAUCUGUUAUUUAUCAAUAUGCUGGCUAUUUUAAAACAAUUUAUUUUGCUAUUGUUGUUGAUCAUAAUACUGGAAAUCGAAUUAAUCCAGAUGGAAAUUUUCUUCCAUUUAAAACAAUACUUGAUGGUUUGAAUGUUCAUCCACCAACAACAAUACGUGUUAAUGGAGUUAGUGGAUCAAAUCGUAUUCUAAAUAAAACAUCAGAUGGAAAAUAA